UUGCUUGCGUGAAUAUUUUAAUAUAAAUUAAUUUAAUUCAUUUCUUUCAAUUGAAUAAUUAAAAUAAAAUUUAUAAAUUAGUUAUUAAAGUUAUUAGGAAAAGCAACAAAUAUGGCAGAGACUGAAGAUGUCAGUGAACUGCUAUUCUUUGAUACAUUUUCUCAUGAAUCAGACGCGGACAUAAAUUUGGAUCUGGUACAAUUUCCUAAACCGGUGUUUAUCACACAAGUUCGCAUUAUACCCUUGGGCGCUCGCGUACAAGCAGACUUUCCCGGUGGUGUUCGUUUGGGUGCAACAAAUCCCUCUAAGUUUGACAUAGAGUUCUUUGUUAAUGAUUUGGGCAUGCCGGGUGCUUCAGCAUUUGAGAAUUUGGGUCAGUUGCAAUAUAAUCAAAAUGAUUGUAUACACUUGGAGUGUACACAGGAUAAAAACCCACUGACGGUUUGGUUUUAAGAGGCUGGUAUAGUACCAUUACCCUGGCUGUAUAU